AUGGAGGUGGACGCCGAGGAGAAGCGUCAUCGUACACGGUCCAAAGGGGUGCGAGUUCCCGUGGAACCAGCCAUACAAGAGCUCUUCAGCUGUCCCACGCCUGGCUGUGAUGGCAGCGGUCACGUCAGUGGCAAAUAUGCAAGACACAGAAGCGUCUAUGGCUGCCCCUUGGCUAAAAAAAGAAAAACACAGGAUAAGCAGCCCCAAGAACCUGCUCCCAAGCGGAAACCGUUCGCCGUGAAAGCCGACAGCUCCUCGGUGGAUGAGUGCUACGAGAGCGAGGGGUCGGAGGACGUGGACGAGAAGGAGGAGGACGAGGAGGAGGAGUUCUCGGAGGACGAGGACGAGCACAGGGAGGAGGACGAGGAGGAUGAGGAGGGGGACCGGGAGGAAGAGGAGGAGCUCGAGGAGGAGGAGGACGAUGAUGACGAGGAUGGGGAGGACGUGGAGGACGAGGAGGAGGACGAGGAGGAGGAGGACGACGACGACGAGGAGGAGGAAGACAAUGACCAUCAAAUGAGCUGUCACAAUUCUCGAAUAAUGCAAGACGCGGAGAAGGACGACAACAACAACGAGGAGUACGAUAAUUACGAUGAGCUGGUGGCCAAGUCCUUGCUGAACCUCGGCAAGAUCGCCGAGGACGCGGCCUACCGGGCCAGAACGGAGUCGGAGAUGAACAGCAACACCUCCACGAGCCUGGAGGACGGCAGCGACCGGAACGAGGCGCUGGGCCGCAAGAGCGAGCUGAGCCUGGACCUGGACAGCGACGUGGUGAGAGAGACGGUGGACUCCCUGAAGCUGCUGGCCCAGGGACACGGGGUGGUGCUCGCGGAAAACCUCAACGACAGAGCGUACGCAGACUCCCUGUCGCAGCAGGACAGCAGGAACAUGAACUACGUGAUGCUGGGCAAGCCCAUGAACAACGGGCUCAUGGACAAAAUGGUGGAGGAGAGCGACGAGGAGGUGUGUCUGAGCAGCCUGGAGUGCCUGCGGAACCAGUGCUUCGACCUGGCUCGGAAACUGAGCGAGACCAACCCGCAGGACAGGAGCCAGCAGCAGAACAUGAACAUCCGCCAGCACGUCCGGCAAGAGGACGACUUCGCGGGGAGGACGCCGGACAGGAAUUACUCCGACAUGAUGAACCUGAUGCGGCUCGAGGAGCAGCUGAGCCCCAGGUCUAGAACUUUCUCCAGCUGUGCAAAGGAGGACGGGUAUCACGAACGAGACGACGACACCACCUCCGUGAACUCGGACAGGUCUGAGGAGGUGUUUGACAUGACCAAGGGAAACCUGACCCUCUUGGAGAAAGCCAUCGCUUUGGAAACAGAGAGAGCGAAGGCCAUGAGGGACAAGAUGGCGAUGGAGGCCGGAAGGCGGGACAAUGUGCGGUCGUACGAGGAGCAGUCGCCAAGACAGCUUCCCGGGGAGGAGAGGAAGCCUAAGUCCAGUGACAGCCAUGUCAAAAAGCCAUACUAUGGUAAAGAUCCCUCGAGAGCAGAAAAGAAAGAGAGCAAGUGUCCCACCCCGGGGUGUGAUGGAACUGGCCACGUAACCGGGCUUUACCCACAUCACCGCAGUCUAUCUGGAUGCCCGCACAAAGAUAGGGUCCCUCCGGAAAUUCUUGCCAUGCAUGAGAAUGUCCUCAAGUGUCCCACUCCGGGCUGCACAGGGCGAGGGCAUGUAAAUAGCAACAGGAACUCUCACAGAAGCCUCUCCGGAUGCCCUAUCGCUGCCGCAGAGAAACUGGCAAAGGCCCAAGAGAAGCACCAGAGCUGCGACGUGUCCAAGUCCAACCAGGCCUCAGACCGCGUGCUAAGGCCAAUGUGCUUUGUAAAGCAGCUCGAGAUCCCUCACUACGGCUACAGAAACAACGUCCCCACGACCACGCCUCGCUCCAACCUGGCCAAAGAGCUGGAGAAGUAUUCCAAGACCUCGUUUGAGUACAACACUUACGACAGCCAUACUUAUGGCAAGCGGGCCAUAGCUCCCAAGGUGCAAACCAGGGAUAUAUCCCCCAAAGGAUAUGAUGCGAAGCGGUACUGCAAGAACGCCAGCCCCAGCAGCAGCACCACCAGCAGCUACGCGCCCAGCAGCAGCAGCAACAUGAGCUGUGGCGGAGGCAGCAGCGCCAGCAGCACGUGCAGCAAGAGCAGCUUCGACUACGCGCACGACAUGGAGGCGGCCCACAUGGCGGCCACGGCCAUCCUCAACCUGUCCACGCGCUGCCGCGAGAUGCCGCAGAACCUGUCCACCAAGCCGCAGGACCUGUGCGCCGCGCGGAACCCUGACAUGGAGGUGGACGAGAACGGGACUCUGGACCUCAGCAUGAACAAGCCACGGCCGCGGGAGAGCUGCUGCCCGGUCCUGACGCCCCUGGAGCCCAUGUCCCCCCAGCAGCAGGCGGUGAUGGGCAGCCGGUGCUUCCAGCUCGGGGAGGAUGACUGCUGGGAGCUGCCCGUGGACUACACCAAGAUGAAGCCCCGCAGGGCGGACGGGGGCGACGCCAGCGAGGUCCCCCCGGAAGACUUGGACCCGUUCCAGGAGGCUCUGGAGGAGAGAAGGUACCCGGGAGAGGUGACCAUCCCCAGCCCCAAGCCCAAGUACCCCCAGUGCAAGGAGAGCAAGAAGGACUUAAUAACUCUAUCGGGCUGCCCCCUCGCCGACAAAAGCAUUCGAAGCAUGCUGGCCACCAGCUCACAAGAACUCAAGUGCCCCACCCCUGGCUGCGACGGCUCCGGGCACAUCACCGGGAACUACGCGUCUCACCGAAGUCUUUCAGGCUGCCCGAGGGCGAAGAAGAGCGGCAUAAGGAUAGCGCAGAGCAAGGAAGACAAGGAAGACCAGGAGCCCAUCAGGUGUCCCGUUCCCGGGUGCGACGGCCAGGGCCACAUAACGGGGAAGUACGCCUCCCAUCGCAGCGCGUCCGGGUGCCCCCUGGCCGCCAAGAGACAGAAGGACGGGUACCUCAAUGGCUCGCAGUUCUCCUGGAAGUCCGUCAAGACGGAGGGCAUGUCGUGCCCCACGCCCGGCUGCGACGGCUCGGGCCACGUCAGCGGCAGCUUCCUCACGCACCGCAGCUUGUCGGGAUGCCCGCGGGCCACGUCGGCCAUGAAGAAGGCGAAGCUGUCGGGAGAGCAGAUGCUGACCAUCCGGCAGCGAGCCAGCAAUGGCAUAGAGAACGAUGAGGAAAUCAAGCAGUUAGACGAAGAGAUCAAGGAGCUCAACGAGUCCAACUCCCAGAUGGAGGCCGACAUGAUUAAACUGAGAACUCAGAUCACCACGAUGGAGAGCAGCCUGAAGACCAUCGAGGAGGAGAACAAGGUGAUCGAGCAGCAGAACGAGUCUCUCCUGCACGAGCUGGCCAACCUGAGCCAGUCCCUGAUCCAUAGUCUAGCCAAUAUCCAGCUGCCGCACAUGGAUCCAAUCAAUGAACAAAAUUUUGAUGCAUACGUGACUACUUUGACGGACAUGUAUACAAAUCAAGACCGUUAUCAGAGCCCAGAAAAUAAAGCCCUACUGGAAAAUAUAAAGCACGCUGUGAGAGGAAUCCAGGUCUGAGCAGCUGCUGUAGUGGCGGGAUCUUGUUUGAAAGGGAGCCACCCGCUCCUCUUGCUGCUGUGACUCACCAGAGAGUGUCAUAUACUUAUUUCUGUUUGAAACAGUGUUAUGCUUACAAGACUUCAUAAUGAUUUUAUGUCUUGCUUUAAAGAUAGUUACCUGCAGAAUAGUUUUUGAAUACAUUCACAUUUUGUACGGUUUCAUAUGAGCUGACAUAGUGUGACAUGCCAUGUAACGUUUAUAGCUGCUACUGUAUGCACAUUUGGGGGUAUAUAUAUUUCUGAAGAGGUAAGCUGAUCAAAAUAAAUAGAGUGUAAAUUCUUUUUAAUGCUUUAGUGAUUAAAUGUUUUAGUAUUUUGAACUGAAAUGGACAAAACGAAAAAAAAAAAAAAAACCCACAGCUUUGAAUGAUCAUGUGGUGGCCCUGCAGCCACUUUUUAGACAUUAUCAUUUUGCCUCAUGUUGGAGGAUUUUAUGGAAUUAAGAAAUACAUUCUGUGUGCAUAUUGUUUCAUAGCAAGAAUUGGUUGCAAAAAAUGCUUUAUUUUUGAACAAUGCUUGGAAAUAUUAUGUGAUUUUUUUGUUUGUUUGUUUUAGGAGGAUGGUGUAUGGUGGGGGCAGUAAAUGAGGUUUUUUGCAUUCCAAGGAAAUGGCAUAUGGAUUAACUGUAAGAGAUGAGAUAAGUAAUUUAUUGUAAGACAACAUCAAGCCAUGGAAAUUUGGCAGAAGAUUCAAAGCAGCUUAAACAGCACUUUUAAGUUAACUCCUGAGCAUUGCAUGGUGUGACUCUGGGAACUCCUAUUCAGACAGGGGCUUGCUAGAGACGGACCGCGCGAAGAUUGCCCUUUGCAGUGUCCGUAGACUCUGGAGCAGCCUACCCCAUGUCCCCGAGAGCGCGGUGCCCCUCUGAACCGUCUGUCACUGCAAUGGCGUGUGUCUCACAGAACCUGUGUGCUCUCCUUUUAGUUCAGAGCUAAUUUAAGAGUAUUUAUUUCCCCUCUCUCCACUCUUAAAAGCGAUCACUGUCGUUGUUGCUGUGACUUUUCCUCCUCGGCCGGGGGAUAAGGCAAAUGGUGUGCGAGUCCGCGAGCUACUGCACGCGCUUUCUGCGGGGCGGGACGCCCGCCGCCGGCUCCGAGCGGCCGAGCGGCCGCCCCGUCCGUCCCGUCCGUCCCCGUGUCCCCGGCAGAGUUGCUCGCAAAUGACCUUCCUGUUCCAACUCCCCUUGGAGACCAGGUGACCACGUGGCAUUUGCAUAGCCUUGCCCUUUGAUUUGUCACGACCUAUUCUGAGAAUGAAUGCAAUCAGAUUUUAAGAGUAAUUAUCUAUACUUGAGCACUUUUUUUGCUUUACACUAGAUCAUCUUAGACUUGCUUACACUUGGAGAUGGGAUUGUUUUCUUCCAGUGACUGCACUAUAUGUAUGCAUACGACCACUUUUGAUUGCCACGUCCCCCUUCUGAGUAGUCCCUAGGACGGCGUGUUGUGUUUUCUGGUGUUGACUUGAGUUACAUGUGACAGCAUCUCUUCCUUCCAUGUCUUGAUGUUAUGCAGGAAGUACGGAAGUACUUUAAAAUUUUGUUAUGAAAAAAAAAAAAAAAAGAUGGGUUUUGUAAAAAUAAAAAAAAAAUAUUUUUAGCAGAACAGGACUUACAGGGUCAUUGUCCCCACAACGUGCCAGUCGACUAUUUGCACUUACCUUGUCCUAUAUAUCCGUACGGAGGUGUGCAAUUGCUGGGGUCAGCGGCCUCGCGAGGCUGACCCCGGGAGGAUGAGGGGAGCCCUCACGGCUGACCCGACGAUGUUGCUACGGGAGAUUACAGGGAUCUCACAGCAAAUAUUCUGAUACAAUACUCAACCUCGGUGUAUAUAUAUGUAUAAAUAUAUGUACAUCCCAGCGGCACUUUAUACUGCUCACUGUACAAACGCUUACAGUUUUCCACGAGGACUUGAAUAACUAGCUGGGACAGAUGAUGUAAUUCCCCGGGGCUCUGCAGCGCCUUCCCUGGAGAGCUCCCUCUUUCUGUUGUGCGAUUAGUUGUAGCUGCCAUGCUCAGAAUUGCCUUUCGAGAGCUGAAGCAAGGUGCUUCUUGUCACCUGAUGCCAUAUACCCCGAGGGGGCCCCCUCCCUGCAGGGCCCCCGUUGUUCAUAUGGGCAUAUGCAUUUCCCCGCCGCGUCGUGUCUGCAGCUUCUUUGCCAAUAUAGUAAUGCUUUUAGUAGAGUGAUAGGUAGUAUCAGUUUUGGAUUCUUCUUGUUAUCACCUAUGUACAAUGGAAAGGGGUUUUAAGCACAAAUCUGCUGCUCAUCUAACGUUGGUACAUAAUAUCAAAUCAAAAGUUAUCUGUGACUAUUAUAUAGGGAUCACAAAGUGUCACAUAUUAGAAUGCUGACCUUUCAUAUGGAAUUAUUGUGAGUCAUCAGAGUCUAUUUAUUAUAACUUAUUGUUCAUUAUCAUUUCUAAGUUAACUUAAGUAAUCAUUUAUUAAGACAGAAUUUUGUAUGAAUAUUUACUGUGCUGUCUGUGGAACCGAAGUUUCAUUUAUUUUUGUACUACACGGCAUGGGUUUGUUGACACUUUAAUUUUGCUAUAAAUGUGUGGAAUCACAAGUUGCAGUGAUACUUCAUUUUUAAAUUGUGAACUUUGUACAAAUUUUGUCAUGCUGGAUGUUAACACAUCUUACUCUAAAUAAAAAAGGUG